GUAGACCAUGACCUGAAGUUUUUGAUGAAUGCAGGAGAGUGACUGCUGUUCAGUGGUCCUAGAAACAAGGAGAGCGGGCAGUAUGGUUGAAUCUGGUGGGGAUGUGUUACGAAGUGAUGAAGAGGCAAUGACUUGGAAGCUCACAGAGAGUGUAGACAUGACUCUGAGUUACCUGGAGUAGGGUGGAAUAAACAGCCUCCCCCUGAGCAUGCUGCAGGGGCAGUGAGGUCCCGGGGGAGCUCAGUGUGAGUUAAGGAAGUAACUGGAGACAGGGUGGGGAAGAAACUGUUCUAUUCUAGCAAUCAGGGUGCGAGAGAUGGGAGGGAAAGGGCCAGUGGGCACGCUGUUACCUCUCUGUGGUUAUGUCCACCCUCCUAAGAGUAUAAAUUCUUCCUGAAGAAGAAUGAGAAGAUGGAAUUCCCCUUUGGGUCCCCGCAAGCUCCCCACUUCCGUCGAUUCACUCCAGAGUCCCUGGUGGCUAUUGAAAAACGAAUUGCUGCCAAGCAGGCGGCAAAGAAAGUUCAAGAGAAGCCCAAGAAGCAGAAGGACCAGGAAGAGAAGUCUCGGCCACAGCUAUGCUUGAAAGCCUGCAACAAGCUGCCCAAGUUCUAUGGCAAGCUCCCGGCAGAGCUGGUCGGGGAGCCCUUGGAGGAUUUGGACCCCUUCUACAGUACACACCGGACAUUUAUGGUGCUCAACAAAGAGAGGACCAUUUCACGGUUUAGUGCCACUCGGGCCCUGUGGUUAUUCAGCCCUUUCAACCUGAUCAGAAGAACAGCCAUCAAAGUGUCUGUCCACUCGUGGUUCAGUUUAUUUAUAACAAUCACUAUUUUGGUCAACUGUGUGGGCAUGACCCAAAACGAACUUCCAGAGAAAAUCGAAUAUGUCUUCACUGUCAUUUAUACCUUUGAAGCCUUGAUAAAGAUACUGGCAAGAGGAUUUUGUCUAAAUGAGUUCACUUACCUGCGGGAUCCUUGGAACUGGCUGGAUUUUAGUGUCAUCACCCUGGCAUACAUAUGUGAAGCAAUAGAUCGCCGAGGGAUCUCGGGCCUGCGGACAUUCAGAGUUCUUAGAGCUUUAAAGACGGUGUCUGUGAUCCCGGGGCUGAAGGUCAUCGUGGGGGCCCUGAUCCACUCAGUGAGGAAGCUGGCUGAUGUGACCAUUCUCACCGUCUUCUGCCUGAGUGUCUUUGCCCUGGUCGGCCUGCAGCUCUUCAAGGGCAACCUCAAGAACAAAUGUGUCAAGAAUUGCACAGCUGUCAACGAGACAGCCAAUUAUUCUUCUCACGAAAAACCAGAUUUCUACAAAAACAAACCAGGCACCUCUGAUCCUUUACUGUGUGGCUAUGGAUCUGAUUCAGGCCACUGCCCUGAGGGUUAUUUCUGCCUUAAAACAUCCAGCAACCCAGAUUUUAACUACACCAGCUUUGAUUCCUUCGCUUGGGCUUUCCUCUCAUUGUUCCGCCUCAUGACACAGGAUUCCUGGGAACGCCUCUACCAGCAGACCCUGAGGGCUUCUGGGAAAAUGUAUAUGGUUUUUUUCGUGCUUGUUAUCUUCCUGGGGUCUUUCUACCUGGUUAACUUGAUCUUGGCUGUGGUCACCAUGGCAUAUGAGGAGCAGAACCAGGCAACCAUUGAUGAAACUGAAACCAAGGAGAAGAACUUCCAAGAGGCCCUCAAGUUGCUCCGGAAGGAACAAGAGGUGCUGGUAGCACUGGGGGUUGACACAGCCUCUCUCCAAUCCUACAAUGGGUCACCUUUAACCUCCAUAAAUGCCAGUGAGAGAAGGCAUAUACUGAAGCCAAGGGUGUCAGAGGGCUCCACAGACGACAACAGAUCACUCCAAUCUGAGCCUUACAACCAGCACCGAAUGUCUUUCCUAGGCCUCACCUCUGGAAGACGCCGAGCUAGCCAUGGCAGUGUGUUCCAUUUCCAGGCCAUCGGCCGAGACAUCUCAUUCCCUGAUGAGGUCACAGAUGUCAGAAUCUUUCCUGGAGACCGUGAAAGCCAUCGGGGCUCUCUGCUGCUGGAUAGGGGUGCAAGCCAGCAAGGCCCCCUCCCUGGGAGUCCACUGCCUCAAACCCUCAACCCUGGCUCAGGGCAUGGAGAAAAUGGCCACCCCACAUUGCCCACUGGUGAGCUUUCCCCUGGAGCCGUCGAAGUCUCGGCACUGGAUGCAGGACAGAAGACUUUCUUAACAGCGGAAUACUUAGACGAAUCUCUUCGAGUUCAAAGGGCGUUGAGUGUUGUCAGUGUCGUGACCUCCGUCCUCGAGGAGUUGGAGGAGUCUAAACAGAGGUGCCCACCCCGCUUGACCAGCUUGGCUCAGAAGUAUCUGAUCUGGGAGUGCUGCCCCACCUGGGUGAAACUCAAGGAACUUCUCUUUGGGAUUGUGACGGACCCCUUUGCAGAGCUCACCAUCACCUUGUGCAUCGUGGUGAACACCAUCUUCAUGGCCAUGGAGCACUAUGGCAUGAGCUUCGCCUUUGACACCAUGCUCCAGACAGGCAACAUUGUCUUUACCGUGAUAUUUACUGCUGAAAUGGUCUUCAAAAUCAUAGCCUUCGACCCUUACUAUUACUUCCAGAAGAGGUGGAACAUCUUCGACUGCAUCAUCGUCACCGUGAGCCUGAUAGAACUGGGCACAGCUAGGAAGGGGAGUCUGACGGUGCUGCGGACCUUCCGCCUGCUGCGGGUCUUCAAGCUGGCCAAGUCCUGGCCAACCUUAAACACGCUCAUUAAGAUCAUUGGAAACUCAGUGGGUGCUCUGGGAAACCUCACCAUCAUCCUGGCCAUCAUCGUCUUUGUCUUCGCCCUGGUUGGCAAACAGCUCCUUGGGGACAACUACAAGAAAAACCGGCACAAAAUCUCUGCGCCCAACGAAGACUGGCCGCGCUGGCACAUGCAUGACUUCUUCCACUCCUUCCUCAUCGUCUUCCGGAUCCUCUGUGGAGAGUGGAUCGAGAACAUGUGGGCCUGCAUGGAAGUCGGUGAUAAAUCCAUCUGCCUCAUCCUCUUCUUGACUGUGAUGGUUCUGGGGAACCUGGUGGUACUUAACCUCUUCAUCGCCCUGCUCCUGAACUCUUUUAGCGCCGACAACCUCACAGCCCCAGAGGAGGAUGGGGAGGUGAACAAGCUGCAGGUGGCCCUUGCACGGAUCCAGGUGUUUAGCCGUCGCACCAAGGAGGCCCUUCGCAGCUUCCUCAGCCGACCCUGCUUGCUCCCCCGGCCCAAGUCAGAGCCCCAGCUGGUGGUGAAACUCCCACUGUCCGCCACCAAAGCCAAGAACCACAUUGCAGCAGACACGGCCAUGGGAAGUCCUGGAGGACUCCUGGCUCCCCGAGGCCCCAGGGAUGACCACAGUGAUUUCAUCACCAAUCCUAACAUAUGGGUCUCUGUGCCCAUUGCCGAGGGUGAAUCUGAUCUUGAUGAACUGGAGGAUGAUGGUGAGGAGGAUGCUCGGAGCACCCGGCAGCAAGUGAUCCCUCAAGGGCAGCAGGAGCAGCUGCUGCAAGUUGGGAGACACGAGGAUCACCUGCCGCCCAGGAGCCCAGGUUCUGGGAUGUCCUCUGAGGACCUAGCUCCGAACCUAGGUGAGAAGCGGGAAGACGAGGCUGCUGCACAGGGCCCUGCAGAGGGAGUGGACGACAUGAGCUCCUCAGAAUGCAGCACCGUGGACUGCCCAGAUCCCCAGGAGAUCCUGAGGAAGAUCCCCGAACUGGCAGAUGACCUCGAUGAACCAGAUGACUGCUUCACAGAAGGCUGCAUUCGCUACUAUCCCUGCUGCAAAGUGAACGUCACCAAGUUUCCCUGGACCGUGGGCUGGCAGGUGCGCAAGACCUGCUACCACAUCGUGGAGCACAGCUGGUUCGAGAGCUUCAUCGUCUUCAUGAUCCUGCUCAGCAGUGGAUCUCUAGCCUUUGAAGAUUUUUACCUCGACCAGAAGCCCAAGGUGAAGGCCUUGCUGGAGUACACCGACAGGGUGUUCACCUUUAUCUUUGUGUUUGAGAUGCUGCUCAAGUGGAUGGCCUAUGGCUUUAAAAGUUACUUCACCAAUGCCUGGUGCUGGCUGGACUUCCUCAUCGUGAAUAUCUCACUGACAAGCCUUAUAGCGAAGAUGAUGAAGUAUUCUGAUAUGGAAUCCAUCAAAACCCUUCGGACCCUCCGCGCCCUGCGGCCACUGCGGGCCCUGUCUCGAUUUGAAGGCAUGAGGGUGGUGGUGGAUGCCCUGGUGGGCGCCAUCCCAUCCAUCAUGAACGUCCUCCUCGUCUGCCUCAUCUUCUGGCUCAUCUUCAGUAUCAUGGGCGUGAACCUCUUCGCGGGGAAGUUUCAGAGAUGCAUCAACACCACCAAUGAAGACUUUUCCCUUGUGCCUUGGACUACUGUGACUAACAUGUCUGAAUGUGAACGUCAAAACUACACUGGAAAGUUCUUUUGGGUCAACGUGAAGGUCAACUUUGAUAACGUUGCAAUGGGCUACCUCGCACUUCUGCAGGUGGCAACCUUUAAAGGCUGGAUGGACAUCAUGUAUGCAGCUGUGGAUUCCCGGGAGGUCAGCAUGCAGCCCAAGUGGGAGGACAACGUGUACAUGUACUUCUACUUCGUCAUCUUCAUCAUUUUCGGUGGCUUCUUCACACUCAAUCUCUUCGUUGGGGUCAUAAUUGACAACUUCAACCAACAGAAAAAAAAGUUAGGGGGCCAGGACAUCUUCAUGACAGAGGAGCAGAAGAAGUACUACAAUGCCAUGAAGAAGCUGGGCUCCAAGAAGCCCCAGAAGCCCAUCCCACGGCCUCUGAACAAGUACCAGGGUUUUGUCUUUGACAUCGUGACCAGGCAGACUUUUGACAUCAUCGUCAUGGUCCUUAUCUGCCUCAACAUGAUCACCAUGAUGGUGGAGACUGAUGAGCAGAGUGAAGAAAAGACAAAAGUCCUGAACAAAAUCAACCAGUUCUUUGUGGCCGUCUUCACGGGCGAGUGUGUCAUGAAGAUAUUCGCCUUGAGGCAUUAUUACUUCACCAAUGGCUGGAAUGUGUUUGACUUCAUCGUUGUCAUCCUCUCCAUUAUGAGCCUGGUGUUUUCUGCAAUUCUUACAUCGCUUGGAGUGGUCAACAACGGCGUCAGAGGGGACUGUGGGAACCCAGCCUUGGGCAUCCUCUUCUUCACCACCUACAUCAUCAUCUCCUUCCUCAUUGUGGUCAACAUGUACAUCGCCGUGAUUCUGGAGAACUUCAAUGUGGCCACGGAGGAGAGCACGGAGCCCCUGAGCGAGGAUGACUUUGACAUGUUCUAUGAGACUUGGGAAAAGUUCGACCCAGAGGCCACCCAGUUCAUUACCUUCUCUGCCCUCUCAGACUUUGCAGACGCCCUCUCUGGCCCCCUGAGAAUCCCCAAACCUAACUGCAACACGUUAAUCCAGAUGGACUUGCCUUUGGUCCCUGGAGAUAAGAUCCACUGUUUGGACAUCCUGUUUGCCUUUACCAAGAAUGUCCUGGGAGAAUCUGGGGAGUUGGAUUCUUUGAAGUCAAAUAUGGAGGAGAAAUUUAUGGCAACUAAUCUUUCAAAAGCAUCCUAUGAACCAAUAGCAACCACGCUCCGGUGGAAGCAAGAAGACAUUUCAGCCACUAUUAUCCAAAAGGCCUAUCGGAGCUAUGUGCUGCACCGCUCCCUGACCAUCUCCAACCCUCUAGGUGUACCCAGGGCUGAGGAGGAGGCUGUGUCACUCCCAGAUGAAGGCUUUGCUGCAUUCAUGCCAAAUGAAAAUGGUGUGCUCCCAGACAAAUCUGCAAGUACAUCUGUCACAUCUUUCCCACCAUCCUACGACAGUGUCACUAGAGGCCUCAGUGAUCAACUCAACAUGCACACACCUAGCUCAAUGCAAAAUGAAGGUGACGCUGUCAGUAAGGAAGCCAGUAGUCCCUAGUGAGGACGCUUUAGCAUGGGCAUAUCCAGUUCUGAUGUGUCCUUCUGCUCUGUGACAGCUUACCUACCACCUCACCAAUGCAUGCCACUGGUCACACUGUCAGAACUGGACAGGGAAUGCAGUUGGUACCCACCUUUGGAGAAGCCCUCACACACCAACAGGAGUCAGAAGGCAAGGACAUCUCCACUGUAAUUUCCCUUUUAAAUUUCAGUAUCAGAUGAUGGGUUACCUUGCUUUCCAGAAAAUAACCCUAGUCCUUUUGAUUUUGAUUGUGACCAGAGCUCCUAUUUACCAAGACCAACAUCUCAGGACCAGACCUUCCAAAGAUAUAUGGCAAGGAUGUUGCUGAAGGUCCCAACUAGUCCUCUGUGAAACACCACACUGAGAUUGGCAGUGUUAUUUAGGAUUUUGCAUGACUGCAUGUUGAGAGCUGCCACACCAUUGCUCCAGCCCAAGGUAACAUCUGUGGUCUAUGUCAUGAAAGUCCUUUGAGAUAUCCAUUAAAAUUAAUAUUUUUAAAGGUAUGUCAAAGCCAA